GCCAAGCACUGCCGCGCAGUGUCGUGCCAGAAUUACUAUUUGAGCGCACCUCGCGACACUCAUCAAUAAGUUAAUAAACACUGAUUAAGUUAAAUCGAGCUAAUAUUAUGAAUCAUAUUUUUAACUUAAACUGACGAACUUAAACAAUAUCUAGUUGAAAAUUACAAUGCCUGAUAGACGGUGAUAAUUUAAUAAAUUGCUUCUAUAAAACUAAAUAAUUUUCUGAAAAUCUACAAAUAAAAUACAUUCAUCAUGCGAAUAUUAAUACUGUCGUUUUUUGCACUCGCAUUAUUUCAAGCACCAGAAAUGACGAAAGGCGAAGACUUCGGAUAUGAUGGUGUCAUAGGGCCGAUGCACUGGGGCGAACGCUACCGGGAGUGCGCGGGCAAGCACCAAAGCCCCAUCAACAUCAACGUGCUGCGCGUUAAGCAGGUCACGCUGCCUGACAUCGUCUUUGUCGGCUUCGACGACUCCAUCGACGGCGUCCACGUCACCAAUAACGGACAUACAGUGCUGAUCGAGGUGGAGAACGAGCCACACCCUCGGGUCCGCGGAGGUCCUCUAAAUGGUGACUAUAUCUUUAGUCAGAUGCACUUCCACUGGGGCGACAACGACACCUUCGGCUCCGAGGACAAGAUCAACCACAGAAGUUUUCCAAUGGAGUUACACAUGGUGUUCUUCAAAGAAGACUACAGUAAUACUUCCGAAGCUGUUAAGCAUUUAGAUGGCUUGACAGUACUUGCAUUCUUCUACGAGUUGGAUCGUCACAAGCACCCAGCGUACGAUGACAUCACGUCAGCUUUGCGCAACGUGACCGAACCUCGCAGUAGCGUGGUCAUGGCCCACCCGUUCUCCUUCCUCAACAUCCUGCCCUACGACCUGCGGCGGUACUUCACUUACCAAGGGUCGCUCACCACGCCGCCCUGCUCAGAGGUCGUGAUAUGGCUGGACUUCGAACAACCCAUUCGCUUGGCACAUGAUCAGAUAGAAUCGUUCAGAGAGUUGAAAUCGGCCCAUGGGAAAAUAACGCACAACUUUAGGCCAAUCCAGCCGAUAGGGGAUCGAAUGGUGUUCUACAACAUCGAUAACAACUACUUCAUAUACAACGAGGUAGACGAGCCUGAGGAAACUACAACCCACAGGCCUCAUCGCAGGAGGAACAGCUCCUGCAGACCUAAAUACCAAGUCAUUUUCGCUUUUAUAACAGCAGCUAUUUACUUUUGUAUAUAAGGUCACAUUUCAGUGUGGUAAACCUAAAAUUUCACUGCUUUUUUAGGGUAUAAGACCUUGUCAGAAAGAACCAAAUCUUUACCCCGGGCAAGGCCGUAGAAGACAGAAAUCUAAUAAUAACAUCUAGACCUUUGUGGGGCACAUAUUAGAUUUGAUAAAAAAAUGCCAUUAGUAUAUUUUUUUAAUAUUUAGAUCUCCACAGUCAGAGAGGCAAAACUAUAGUGUAUACUUUGUAUUUGUUGCAGAUGUGUCAAUUAUAAGUAUCUAUUAACGAUUAUAUUGGAUACUAAUUAGAAAUGUAGACUAUAAUAAAUAGAUAUUAUGUAAUUUUGAAAAUAAAUAACAGACUGACAAUAUUAUUAAGAGUUACGGUGUAAUCCUGUGAUAAUUAAAUGAAAUAAAAAUUUUCAAUCCAA